AGCUCCACUAUUCACCAUCUCCGGCAAGACCAACGAUUGCGAUCCAACAAGACGAUAAACAACGGCGAAAAUCAGCCUCAAGCUUUCCACGAGCCCUCUAUCUUAAUACUUCGACAAUACUCAGAGACCGCCAAGAUGAAGCUCGUCAGAUUUCUUAUGAAAUGCCAGAACGAGUCAGUGACGAUUGAACUGAAGGGCGGCACCAUCAUCUCUGGAACUAUCGCCUCCGUCUCGCCACAAAUGAACACGGCGCUCCGAAAUGUCAAGAUGACGCCUCGCGGGCAAGAAAUGAUUCAGCUGGAGACUCUUAAUGUUCGCGGAAGCACCAUUCGUUAUUACAUCCUCCCCGAUUCGCUUCCCCUCGACUCGCUCCUGAUCGACGACUCUUCCAAGCCCAAGAACAAGGCCCGCAAGGAAGUGGAUCGUGGUGGUGCCAGAGGCGGCGGUCGCGGUGGCCGUGGUAUGCGUGGAGGAAGAGGCGGUCGCGGUGGCCGUGGCAGAGGAAGGGGUUAA